UCAGGGACCCUCCUGGCCACUUUGGGAAAAAUCGGAGCCGGAGUCUGUGCCCCGUCCUUUCUGCGCUGCCAGAGGGCCGAGAGAGCGAGCCGCGGUAGCCAAGCGGCCGCCUGGACGGCGCGGCCCGGCCGGGCGGUUGCCCAGGCGGCGGGGGAGCCUUCGCCCUUCCCGGCCCGAGCCGGCCACCGGGCGAGCACAUGGUGGACGGAGCACCGGGCGGGCGGGGAGCAGCCAAUGGGCGCCGGGCCCGACGUGAUGUCAGAGCGGCGCUAGAAAAGGCGCGGAGCCUUGCGCGGGCUGGGACUGCGGCGGCUCCUGCCCGGAACGCGGCUCCUCCUCCCGGUCCUCCCCCUCCUCCUCCUCCUCCUUCUCCAGCCUCGCCUUCCCGCCCGCUGCCUCGGUCCUCGAAGCGGCAGCCGGGCUCAGCAGCCGCCGCCGCCGCCACCGCCGCGCCUGCCGGAGGAAAAAGCAGCAGCAGAAGCGGCAGAGGCGCAGAGCCGGCCCUGAUCCCGCCCGCCUCCCUCCCUCCUUGCGCGGAUCCGGCCCGCUCGGCCGUGCCCGCCGCAGCGCCUGGGCCUCUCCCAGCCCCGGAGCCGUCCCGAGCGCCGCCGGGAGAAGCCCAAGCGCCCGCCGUCCGUGCGCCCCCCCCCCAGCCUGGAGCUCGCCAUGCUUUAAGACCGGCCGUCGCAGCCUUCCGUUUCUCCGCCGCCGGCCGGGGCCGGGGCGGCCUCCCCCGGCGGGCGGACCCAAGCCAGCCCGGGGGGGGUGGGUGGAGGAGGAGGACGGGGAGGCAGCGGAGGCGAGACGGGGCGGCCGGCCGGCCGGGCCGAGGAAUGGCACCUCCGCCUCGCCGCGCGUAACCGGAGAGCGGCGGAGAGGCGCGGGGCCUCCGGCGCGGCCAUGCUCUUCCACAGCCUGGCCGGUUCCGAGAUGCGCGGCGUCAUCGACCAGAUGGACCGGCGGAGCAAGGCGGACGCUCCCGCCAUCACUUCGGCCAUCGACCGAGGCGAGACCGAAACGCACGCCAUGCCGUCGGUGAGCAGCGAGCGGGCCGCCCUGUGCGCGGGCUGCGGCGGGAAGAUCUCGGACCGCUACUACCUCCUGGCGGUGGACAAGCAGUGGCACAUGCGUUGUCUGAAGUGCUGCGAGUGUAAACUCAACCUGGAGUCCGAACUCACCUGUUUUAGCAAAGACGGCAGCAUCUAUUGCAAGGAAGACUAUUACAGGAGAUUCUCGGUGCAGCGCUGCGCUCGCUGCCACUUGGGCAUCUCAGCUUCGGAGAUGGUGAUGCGCGCCCGGGACUCGGUUUACCACCUGAACUGUUUCACCUGCUCCACCUGCGCCAAGAUGCUGACCACCGGCGACCACUUCGGCAUGAAGGACGGGCUGGUUUACUGCCGCCUGCACUUCGAGGCGCUGCUGCGCGACGAGUACCAGCUCCACUUCAACCGCGCCGAGGGGGUGGCCGGCAAGGGCUCCCCGCUGGGGGCCGCCGCCUCGCUGGGCCUGCCCUACUACAACGGCGUGGGCACCGUGCAGAAGGGGCGGCCCAGGAAGCGGAAGAGUCCGGGCCCCGGGGCCGAGCUGGCCGCCUACAACGCAGCCCUGAGCUGCAACGAGAACGACAGCAGCCCCCUGGAUCGGGACCAGCACUACCCCAGCAACCAGAAGACCAAACGCAUGAGGACCUCCUUCAAACACCACCAGCUGCGGACAAUGAAAUCCUAUUUUGCUAUUAAUCACAACCCAGAUGCCAAGGACUUGAAGCAGCUCGCGCAAAAAACGGGUUUAACCAAAAGGGUGCUCCAGGUCUGGUUCCAGAACGCCCGAGCCAAAUUCCGACGGAACCUCUUACGCCAGGAGAACACGGGAGUGGACAAGGCGUCCGAUUCGGCCCUCCAGGCCGGCACCCCAUCCGGACCGGCAUCGGAGAUCUCCAAUACCUCCCUAAGCCCCUCCCGGACCCCCACCACCUUAACAGACUUGACGAACCCUAGCAUGCCCUCCGUGACUUCGGUCUUGGGCUCCGUGUCCGGCAGCUUGGACGUCCACGAAUCCCGCAGCCCUUCACAGACCACACUGACCAACCUCUUCUGAUGAACCCCGCCACGGCUCCAGGGGCGGCGUGCGCGCGUCUCUGUGUGUCUUACCUUUUUAAGGAAAGAAACGAUUCUUAGUCCAACUCCAAAUGGAUUUUUUUUUUUCUUUUUCAACUUGGGACACCGCUGGGCUACAGCUCCACCGCCGGGCGAGGUCCGAAAGGCCCCCCCCCGUGGAUUGGAGGGCUGACUUGGAAUGACCACUGCCCACACAACAUUUGUGUCCGUGUACAGUUUUAUGGAUUUGGGCCAGGGAAAUGGCAAUUAAUUUAAGUUGGCUAAAGCUUGUGUGAUAUUUUUUCUUUUUCAGAGACUGCCACGUGCCUUAUUUACUGUCCAUUUCUUUUACUCCUAAACCCCGGCCUAUUUUUUUUUUCCUUCCCCCUUUCUCUCUCUGUAUAUUUAUGACCACGUCCGAGACCACGCAAACUACAGGAAGGAGGGGCGGG